AUGUCAUCAAUAUCAAUAUAUGAAACAUCAUUGACACGUUCAAUUAAAUUUUGGAUUUUAUUGAUUCUUCAAACACCAUCUAUAUUCUGUUCUAUUUUCGUUUUACAUCAUAUGUUCAUAUCUCGAACACAACGUCAUUUGUUAGCUAAUCAUGUUGUUAUAGUUAUGCUUAUUGUUUGUUUUUUCAGUGUUAUAACUGAUCUUUCAAUAACAUUGAACUUUUUACAAGACGGAAUUGUUCAUGUAUCAUCAUCAUCUUUUUGUUACUUUUGGAUGUAUAUUGAUUAUGUAUUAUAUGCUAAUGGAAUGCUUCUUAUGACAUGGGCAUCUAUUGAACGUCAUAUACUUGUUUUUGCUUCACAAUAUUUUCGAUUAUCACGUCAAAAAUUCUAUGGUCAUUAUAUUCCUAUUAUAAUUUGUUUAGUUUAUCCAUUUAUUUUCUAUAUUUAUACAAUAUUUUUUUAUCCAUGUGAUCAAAUAUUUGAUUAUCAACAAGUUCUUUGUGGUUCACCAUGUUUUAAACGUACGACAUUUCUUCUCAAUGCUUAUGAUAUGUUUAUACAUAGUGUAUUACCAUGUAUAAUAAUUGUUGCAUUUAGUUUUGCAUUAUUAAUUCGAGUCGUUCGACAUAAACGUCGUAUACAAGGACAAACUUUUUCUAGACGAAAACAGCGUCGAAUGGUUGUGCAAUUACUUUCAAUUGCUUGCCUAUAUAUUAUUAUGAAUGCUCCACCAUUUAUUGUUAUUGGUAUUCAAGUUUUUCUUUCCAAAACAUUUGCAGCAACAGAACGUAAUUUAUAUUUGUUUUAUUUGUAUUAUUUUUUGACAUUAUUUCUACCAUUUGUUUGUCUUGGAUCAGUUCGUCAUUUACGUAGCAAAAUUGUUUCUCUUUUACGAACAAUGAAAUGUCAUUGUUUGGUUAGAUCAUCACGUGUUGCUGUCAUCCAUGUUGAUCGUUUAUCUAUACAAGAUCAUGAUAAUGAUAAAAAAGUUGUUCGUAAAGGUCGACAUCGAUAUGAACGUCCAUCAAAACUUCAUGCUGAUUUAGCAUUAAAACAUCCUCGAAAACAUGAACACCAUCAAGCCAAAUCACGGAAAAUAACGUAUUCAAAAUUUGUUUCUAAUAUGGUACAAUUACAUAAUUAUUAUCGUGCACGUCAUUCAGCAUCACCAUUAACAAUUAGUCAACGAUUAAAUUAUAUAGCUCAAAAAUAUGCAGAAUAUUUAGCAGCAACAUCAAAAUUUGAACAUAGUGGAAAUAGAUUUGAAAAUGAAUCUUUAGGAGAAAAUCUUUAUAUGCAAUGGAUUUCUCAUGGUAAAGUUCCAGUUAGUGCAAGAGAAGCAACAAAAAGUUGGUAUGAUGAAAUUGAAUUAUACAGCUUUAAACGUCCCUAUUAUUCCGAAGAAACAGGACAUUUUACACAAAUGGUAUGGAAAUCAACACAAAAAAUAGGCAUUGGAGUUGCUCUAUCAGCUGAUGAACGAGAAGUUUAUAUAGUUGCAAAUUAUUAUCCAGCAGGAAAUAUAAUAAAUCCUGGUUAUUUUGAAAAAAAUGUAUUACCAGCGAAAUAUUAA